AUGAAGAAUGAUCUUCAUCAGACGUUCGGCGACAUCUUCAACGGCGACCCAUCCGCUUUCUGCAAGCAGUUAUUGGAGGUCCAACAUUUCGAAAGUGAUCGAAGCGAGGCUGAAGAAUGGGUAGCGAAUUUGCGCUUUCUGGAUAUUUCCGGAGUUCCAGAUCUACAGGCAGAGAAGCAGAAACAAGACCGCCGCUACGCAUCAGCUAAGACUCGCGAUCAUUUCCACGAGCGAAAGAUACCGUCAUGCGAAGUCCCCAUCACGAAGCGUGAAGAAGACGACGAAGACGCAUACAUUGCUGUCUCAUGGAGAUGGGCUGUGCUCAAACAUGAGCCUGAAACCCCUGUAUUCGAUUAUCGAAUCAGGAGACCGGGUGCGAAGCCGCACAAGAGUGACUUUCCGGAUGGCUACAUGGAUCGGGUAAUACAAUUCGCACAGAGCGUCAAUGUGUCCAAAGUAUGGAUCGACAAGGAAUGCAUAUAUCAGAGAGCGGGGGACGAAAGAAAGUGGCCAAAAGACAAGGAACUGGGCGUUCAGAUCAUGGACGUAGUCUACGGCGACAGCAAAGUCUCGGUUGGCUUACUCACCGUGAAGCUUACGCGUCAACACGAAGUUGAUCUUCUAUCUGAACUCCUGCAGGGCCGCAUUUUCGUCGACCCCAGAAACAGAGAAAAUCCAAAGUUGAGACCCGAAGUCAAUGUUCUAGCAGUACAAAGGCUGAUUCAGCGCAUUCUUAGCGACCCUCGCUGGGAUCGUGGCUGGAUCUUCCAAGAAGAUCACUUGGCUUCGAACAGGAUGACCUUGCUCAUACCGUGCGGUGCAAGUAUUCGAAAAGAUCGGGGCUAUGACUUUGGUGAUAUCCUUGGGGAUUUGAAGAUCAAACUUAAGGAUCUCCGACAAAAUGCGACCAUGUUUUGUUUGGCUCGUCCUGAGGAACGGCGGCCUAAUACCGACAUACUGAAAAAGCUCAAACAAUACAACAUCUGCAACAAGAGCUACAAACCGCUACAGGAAGACCAUCUGUUGCGUUCCGGGAGCAAUGGCGUUCGCGGUAAUACUGGCGAUGACAAGAACCAUCGGCGCGGAAGCAACUACGAGAUUUCAGCGUACCGAACGACUACGAAUUGUGUGCUCGACGAUAUUUGCAGCCGCUCGUUGGAGAACGAGGAGGACAGAAUCGCUAUCCUUGCAAACGCUCUAAGAUUUACUAAGCGCAUAGAUAUCGGGAAAGGAUCUCCGAUAAAUAAGCCAGACAAAUACAGCCUCUCUGUAGCUCUGCUCGCACUCAUACUGGUGAAUGGGGAGAUUUUGAAGAGUACGACAUGGGAACCAUCUGACCGUGCGCGUCUGCCCUGCGAAACUAACCUGAUGCAGCACACGUUACAAUCGUAUCUCGCGGCAUGUCAACACGAGUUUAGUGUCCCUAAUCUGCGAUUCCAGCAAACUUUUGUCGACCACUGUCGUCUCAAAUCCCCAACUAUCACGUCUCGUGGUCUUCAGACGGAAGGCUGGCUUUUCGAACUAUUCCCUCGUGAGCGAUCAAGAAUACGAGCAGAGCAGCUCAGCCUCCGUCUCACCGAUUCGGAUCGAGAAGCUCUAUCUGAUCUAGGCCGAGGUCCAGUGCUUCGGGGUACGAAGCUCGACGAGGAUGCACAUACGGCAUUGGAUGCACUGAUUCAGAAGUUGGAAGCACUAUGGCCAGGUAGCAAGCUCGCCAGCUACAUGCGCAGACAACUGUUUUUUUAUGAACAUCUGUCGCGAUCAGAUUUACCGCAGUCUACACUGUACGUACUAGACAUGAUGUUUGCACUCUACCAAGCUCUUCGCAAUGAUCAAGAGCUUCGUUUGGGGCGGCUAGCUUCAGCACCUUCGAACACAGAGCCAACUGCCAUCUUCAUCAAGCCGGAGCCAGAUGGUUGGAGGACAGAGCAAGUAAGCCACUUGGACUCUGACGGAGCACCUUGCCUUGCAAAGGUUUUCACGAGCUGGGACCAAUCACAUAAUUUUGAACGACUGGCAAGCUUGGAAGUCGGCGUAGAGUCCGGUAUGGAUUGCUUGCUGUAUAGCGCUGGGUGGGUGAAUGGAGUUUGGUACACGGAAGGUCAGUCAAUGGGAAAAUAUGUCUUUCGUCUCGCGGGCAUCACCCAAGAAAGACAUGAGGUGGAAGAUAUAGCAGGCGAUGGGAGAAGGAAGAGGAAGAGGAAGAGGAAGAGGGGAGAUGACAUCUAG